AUGGAGUUGGAGUAUUUCCCAAUCAAGAACCUCACCACUUACACCUCAAACUGGACCAUUAAGGCCCGGGUGCUGGAGAAGGCUCCGCUCAGACAAAUAAAGGGCGACAACCACCUCCUGCAUAUAGACGUCGUCGACAAACAUGGUGACACCAUCAGGGUGAAGUUUUGGGGCAAAUCUGCAACGAAGUGGGACGAGAUAUUGCAGAAGGGAAAGGUGUACACCUUCUCAAAGGGCACCGUAGAGUUGUCUAACAAGAGGUUUAACACUACCCCUCACAAUUAUGAAAUUACUUGCCACCAAGAAAGCAUCAUAGAGCCUGUGGAGGAUGCUGGGGAUAUUACGCUGCAACGCGACCACAAGCUGCUCACACUUAGGGACAUUAAGACGAUGCCAAAUGUCACGCAGGCGCCAGUCGACCUGCUCUGCAUCGUCCACACCGUGCAGCCGGCGGUGAACGUCGUCACAAAGGCCGGGAAGGAGAUCCCCAAACGCAUUGUGACGUUGGUUGAUGACACGGGAUACGAGAUGGAACUGACGCUCUGGGGAGAGCACGCGAGUAACGAUGCCAUCGAGCAAAUGGAGGGGAAGGCCGCAAUUGUAGAAAAGGUGCUCAUCAGGGAGUGGCAGGGUGCCAGAAGCUGCCAAACCGUGUCGUUGUCAGAGAUCCAAUUGGCGACUCAGGAAAACCUCAGAGACCAGGCCAAAUUAUCGCAGCUGCAGAACUGGUUCGAAGACGCGAAAGCCAAGAACGAAACCUUCAAGACCAUGAGGCCCCAAGCUGUUAGCACCAGGGACCAGUACGAGCUGUCCGACAUGGUCACUGUGGCCGAUAGAACCAAGGGAGGGUACCUUGUCAAAGGCAAAUUGCGAAAAAUAUUCUGGAAGAACAAGGACGGGUUGACAAGGAUGUGGUACCAGGCCUGCCCCAUGUGUUCCAAAAAGGUCCUCAUGGACGGAGACGACAACAAAUUCAAAUGUAUUUCCUGUGGCGAUGUCACUGUCGUACCUGUGCCCAGGUACAUGUUCUACUGUAACUUCGCGGAUCACACUGGGAGGCUCACGGCGCAAGUUGCGACUGAUAUUGGCGAGAAGCUGAUCGGUAAGACAGCGAAGGAGUUGGAGGAAAUGGAUCCCGACCAGCUGAAACAUUUCUGCGAUUUUGAAGCGACACACAGAGAUUACAAAAUCAGCGGAUACAUCAAAUCAAGGGUGUACAACGGGGAAACCAAACACAACUUCACCGUCACACGCGUGGAACACUUGGAUUAUGCUGCGGAGGCCGCACUGAUGCUGGAGAGCAUGCGUAUCACAUAUGAUGAUGUACUCAAAUUCCUGGAUAUCAGAACGGAUCAAAGGGAUGCCAAGAGGGCGAAGGUUGAAACGUCCGACGAAGAUUAA